AAAAUACACUUGUAGGGAGUAUUUAUUUCUCAGCAGCACAUCUUUCCCUGUCAUCCAUGCAGUUAUCUCAGAGGUGGAUUUUGCUUCAUCAGUUGACGUGCAACAGUGAAUAAGUAUGGACAACAAACACACAUAUUUGCUGAAUUAUAAAGGCUAUAAUUUUGAAUCUACUUCAAUUGAUCCUGACUUUCUAGAAAAUCUAGAUGAUUUUGAAAUUAGAGAUGAUGAUGUCUUCAUAAUUACAUAUCCCAAAUCUGGAACCAUCUGGACUCAGCAGAUACUAAGCUUGAUUUAUUUUGAGGGACAUCGUAAUAGAACUGAAAAUUUGUCAACACUAGAUAGAGUCCCCUUCUUGGAAUACAAUGUACGCAAAACAGACUUUCUCAAGAGACCAUCUCCUCGCCUAUUCUGUUCCCACCUCCCGUAUUAUUUAGUACCCAAAGGUCUAAAGCGCAAGAAAGCUAAAAUUGUUUAUGUCUACAGAAACCCAAAAGAUGUUAUGACUUCAUACUUUCAUUUCUCAAAUGUGGUGGUCACACUUGAAGCUGGGAAUGAUAUGGAAUAUUUUAUGAAAAGGUUUCUAGAUGGGAAUGUGGUUGGAAGCCGUUGGUUUGAUCACGUCAGAGGCUGGUAUGAGCACAGACAUGACUUCAAUAUUCUGUUCAUGAUGUAUGAGGAAAUGAAAAAGGAUCUCAGAAGUUCUGUGCUUAAAAUCAGCCGUUUUCUUGAGAAAGAACUGAGUGAAGCAGAUGUGGAAGCUACUGUGAAACAGGCUACAUUUCAGAACAUGAAGUCUGAUCCAAAAGCAAAUUAUGAUGAGAUUCUAAAACAUGAAGUUGGGACAAGAACAGAUGAGGGACGUUUUCUGCGCAAAGGUACUGUUGGAGACUGGAAACAUCACUUCACAGUGGAGCAAAAUGAGAGAUUUGACAAAAUAUUCCAAAGGAACAUGAAAGAUUUUCCUUUGAAGAUCAUCUGGGAUUUAAAUGAGGAGUAAAGUCAUGUAAAAGAAUUCCAAAAAAAUCUACUAACUAGAGAGGCUAUUUUAAUAGACACAUUAAUUUGUGCUUCUUAUAAAAAUGUUAACUAUAAAACUUUAGUAAUGAAAAAUGAGUAAACUGCGCUUAGAUUAGUGGCCAGGAGUUGGAUAAACAUUUGAAAUUAAAUGAUUUAGGAGAUAGUCUACAUUGAUAUCCUGUAUUAUAAAUUGAAAAACAGGAAGCACUUAAUAGGAAUUAUAAAUGUUCUGAGUUUUCAGUAGUGUGUAUUUUUUCUUUAUCUACAAUUAAAUUUAGUAUUAAUGAAACAUUAAAAUGUAUUUUAUUAUUAUAAUUAAAUAUUAAUUCUUUGAUUUAUAAUAAUUGUGAAUGUUGAAAUAGAGAACUCUUAUGAAAGCACAUGGAUCUAUUUAAUACUUUACCAGAUCACUAAAAUUUCUUUUAUAUAUUGAUUUUGAGAGUAUAAGGGACUGUCUAAAAAUAAAAGUUGACUCAAAGAACAAGGAAUCGUCUGCAAAUAGCAGAGAAUUUUAAACAGUAAUUUUACAAACUAGAGACCCACAUGAUUUCCAUAUUCUCAGGUGAAUUUCAUAGAGUAUUCUCUAUGCUUAUGUAUAAACUAAAGGAUUUGUUUCCUAGAAGCCACCUCCUAGCACUGAUUCAAAUUCAAGCCGAGGUUUUAACUAUACUGUCUUAAUUCUCUUACUAUCCAGUAAAAGGAUGAUAUUAAUGCUCAGCAGUUUGCGGGUGAAAAGAUUAUUUUCUAUUAUCUAUAAACAAUCUCAUCUUAUUCUCAAAUCCUCCUUCUUAUCAUAAAAAUAAUUUAAGCCUGUAAAUUAAAGAUCACAUGUCUCUUGCAAUUACACUUCAAGAAUAUUAAGUGAUAGUUAUAU